AUGACUGCGGUCGCUGCCACCAGUGCGGCCGGUGCAAUGCCCGAUGCCAGUGGUCUGCUCGCAAGCCUCACAGACUCGACACAAACGUUUCUGCAACCCUCGUCUGCGCUACACCUCGAGGCACUAGCAUGUGUUAAGAGCCUCCUCGACCCUUUGGCCACCAAUGUCGCAGACACACAGAAGGCGAGACGCGAUGAGAACAGAAAGAAGAGGAAACGUGGAGAUGUUGAGCGAGAAGAGGAGGUCCUGCACCUGCGACAAGUUUACACUGGUGGGUUGGGAGUGAAGCAAGUAUGGGAACAGGCUAGACGUGUACUGGACGCGGCAUGCUUCGAGGUCGAGCGGGAAAUUGCCGUCCAAAAGGAACUCUCUAAGCAUGACUCGCUGACGAACGGUAUUAAUGGCCACGCCACUGAAGACGAGGAUCUUUCCGAAGACUUGGAUGAAGAAGCGGACAUGCCUGGGGACGAAGAAGAGGCAGAAGAUGAUUCUGACCAAGAUAUGCUUGACGAUGGCAUGGACUUUGACGACUACGACGAUGAUGAAGAGGACAUCGAGGACAUGGAAGAUAUUGAAGACGAGGAAGAGUCUGGCACAGAUGCGGAAGAAGCCAAUGCCGCCACAUAUCUGCCCGACCCGAACGGACUCAAUGACGGCUUUUUCUCCAUCGACGAUUUCAACAAGCAAACACAGUUUCUCGAGCAGCAGGACGCACGAGGGGAAGAUGACAACCCCAGCGAUGAGGACGAAAUAGACUGGGAUGUCGAUCCGUUGACCAUGCCAUUCCACAAACCAAAAGGCGGUCAGAAUGCCGAAGACGCAGCAGCUCGAGAUGAUCAAGCGGAUCGAGAUGACGACGAUGAUGAAGACGAUGAGGAAGACGGCCCUACAUUUGGCAACGCCGACCUCAACGCCGACGAUAGCGACGAAGACAUCUCCGAGGGUGAAAACGUCGACCUGGAAAACGGCAUGCCUACAAUCUCAAACACCAAUGACAUCCGCUACGCUGACUUCUUUGCACCUCCACCGAAGAAGCAAUCAAGGACCAAACGGAUGCGAGCCCUGCCGAAGACCCAACCCGCCCCUGAAUCCAAACUGCGCGACGCUUCUGAACUCGAGUCCGACAUGCAGCGCGCCAUGGCCGAUGUACGGCGGGAUCUUCUCGAAUCCGACGAAGAGCUAUCUGGCACCGACGGCUCGGAUAACGACGAGCUGAAAAAGAACAUGUCGACGCACGAACGGCAGCGGGCCGCCAUUGCAUCCGAGAUCCGACGCCUCGAGGCCGCCAACGUCGCGAAGCGAGAUUGGACUCUAUCCGGCGAAGCCCGCGCGGGCGACCGGCCACUCAACUCGCUGAUCGAAGAGGACCUCGAGUUCGAACGCACCGGCAAGCCCGUCCCCGUGAUCACAGCCGAAGUGUCCGAGGAGAUCGAGGCGCUGAUCAAACGGCGCAUCCUCGCGCGUGAGUUCGACGAGGUGGUCCGCCGGUACCCGGACGCACUCGGCGGCGCCAACGACAUGCGCCGCGGCCGGGUCGAGAUCGACGACACCAAGCCGCAGUCGGGUCUCGCGGAAAUCUACGAGCAGGACCACCUCCGCGCCACGGACCCGGGCUACGUCGACAAGCGGUCCACGGCGACGAAGCGCGCCCACGACGAGAUCUCGCGGCUGUGGAAGGAAGUCUCGUCGCAGCUCGACCUGCUGAGCAACCUCCACUUCAAACCCAAGCGGGUCGAGGCCGAGAUCAAGACGGUCGAAGACAAGCCGACCAUCAGCAUGGAAGACGCGAGGCCCGUCGGCGUCGGCGUCAACGCCGAGGAGAGCAUGCUCGCGCCGCAGGAGGUGUACCGGCCAGGAGGAGGCCAGGACAACAAGGGCGUCGCCGCUGCAGACGGCAUCGUGUCGCGCAAGGGCGGCGCCAGCGUCAACAAGGACGAAAUGACCAGAGAAGAAAAGAUCCGGAGGCGAAGGAGAGAGAAGGAACGCAUGAAGAAGAGCGGUGCCUCGUCCGUGGCCAACAACAACAACACCGGUGCGGCCUCAUCAAAGUCCACCGGGAAAUCCAAAGCCCAGGACCAGGCUGAGCUGCUCUCCGACCUGCGCAAGGGUAACGUCAAGGUCAUUGACAAGAAGGGUGAAGUGCAGGACAUCGUCGGCAACGGCAAAAAGGCUAAACGAGCAUCCCGCGACGGCACUACUACCACUACAAGCGCUGUGUCGUUGAAGUUGUGA